CUGUGAUGACAAGUUGCAGAGUUUCUCUCUCCAACCUCUACAAGGAGGGACUUGCGGAUGCAGCCGAGCGGAAAGAAAAGAGGACGCGGAGGAAAAUUCACAUUUUGUUGGCGGACCCUCGGUGGUGAAGGCGCUCUUCCACUUUUCAAUUGGUUCGUCAACCUGAAAGUCGGAAAGAAGAAUUCCUGGGCUUGAGGGGCUCAGGUGGUUUUUAUAUUUCCUCACCUGAAGUGUCCCUUAAUCUUCCUAGCUUGGAGUGUUUUAAACCUGAGGUCAGAUUCAAACUAGCAAACAACUGGACUGGAAGGACUUUGUCGAACUCAGAAGUUGAAGGUGUGGUUUACCUGAAACAUGGAGGUCACCAGGAAAUUUGCUCUGCUCUCCCUUACCUGCUUGUGGAUGCUGACAGGCAUAUGGGCACAGAUCGUGAUGCCUCAGCCCAACAUGGAUGUGAUUCAGGGACAGAUGGUGGUUCUGAAGGCCUCAUACAACUCAGCACCUUUUAGUGACUUGAGCACCAACACCAUUCUCUGGAACCUUGUGACCGACAGCACUCAGCUGAUCAUCUCUUACACAAAAGGCUCGAUGAGCGUGGGGAGUUCCCAGUUUAAGGGCCGGGUUGGGUUCACCUCUAGCAUGCCCUCAAGUGACGUGUCGCUGUACAUCAACAACACCCAGGAGUCUGAUUCAGGACGCUACCUCUGCCAGGUCAUCAUUCCAGACAACCCUGGCCUCACCGCUGAGCUCAGUCUGGAUGUCAAGGUGCCCCCUGCUGUUCCGAAGUGCAGCUUGUCAGGGAAACCAGUGGUGAAAGGGAACGUAACUCUAAACUGCAGGUCCAGCAGUGGGAAGCCAAUUCCUUUGUAUAGGUGGAGGAAAACAAGUCCCACCUCUGAGGUCUUCUUUUCACCGAUGCUCGACGAGAAGACGGGUGCUCUGAAGCUGAGCAACCUGAGCAGCAACAUGUCGGGGAAGUAUGUAUGCACUGCCAACAAUGCAGCCGGGUCAGAGAGCUGCUUCAUCAACCUGGAGAUCGCCUCAUCCAAUAAUGUCGGGAUGAUUGUGGGCGCCACUGUGGGCUCAGUGGUCGGCUUCAUCUGCCUUUUCCUCCUUUGCUUGUUUUUCCUGCUGAAGAGGCGGCGAGACAGUGAAGAUGACAUGGCGAAUGAAAUCAAAGAGGACGCUCAAGCUCCCAAACGGGUGUCCUGGGCGAAAAGCGGCAUGGGUUCCGACAUCAUCUCCAAGAACGGCACUUUGUCCUCCAUCGCCUCCAGCCCACAACACAGAGAGCCCUCCAACCACCACCUGCAGCACUACCCCCAGCGGCCUCCCUCCGACACAGGCUCCAUCAUCACAGCCGUCGGCAGCAUGGCCGGCUACCGCCCGUCACGCCAUCAAGGGGCCUCCACGCCGACCCACUACGGUUACAACGACAACACCACCCUACCGCGAGGGCAGCCUGACCCUUCGGAUGCCAACGGGAGCGCCCAACCCAGACCAGAGCGCUACACCCAGCUGCCGCAGGCCCAGGCGCUCCCACAGACCUAUAGCCAGUCGCACGCCACACCAACACCUCCACCACUGCCCCCCACCACGGUCACGGCCUCCAACAUCACCCGCAUGGGUGGAGUGCCCAUUAUGGUGCCUGCACAGAACCAGGCUGGCUCUCUUGUCUAACAGCAGCCAUUUCUUUGCAAAGAAAAUCUGCAUACCGUGGAAUAUUGUCUCUUUCCUGAAAGAGGACAUCUGAAGAUUUUUUUAAUGGAGCUUUUGUUAUCAUCCUAAUUUAGCACUGAAUUAAUUAGUUUAAAAAAGGCAAUAUCCAAGCAUUUAGGACACUCACUCCUUACUUCAAGUACAUGCACCUAAAUAUUUUUAUAUUCUUAAUAUACUGUAUACAUUGCUAAAUAUAUGUAAAUGUGAUUUUUCAUACAAUCUUUUCUACUUUGCAAUUUUAUUAUACUCAAUUGCACUUGCUUUUAUUUGUUAAUUUUUUUUUUGCCUUUAUGAAUUUCAUGAAAUGCUCUUAGACAUUUAUGUAAACACAAUUAAUUUAGCUUGAGCACGAUUUUGGACUGAUUGGUUGUGUGGGUCCAGAUUUAAGUAUGCUUUUUAUUUUCAAGUUCUUCUUUCAAGAGCACUGUAGUGGCGUGCAUCUGAUAGAUCAGAGACUACAAAAUAUUAAGCCAGGAAAUGCUACUUUAACCCAUAAGAAGCCACUUUAAACACUAUAAAAAUGCCAGUCCCUCCAGGAAACAGCAAUGCAUUACAAUAUAUAACGCGAAUGGCACAGCUGUAGUCACACUUACUUCCAGUUCCUGUCGACAGUGCUAAGCCUUCUGGGUAAUGUAGUAUAUAAACAUUUACUUCUUAGUUUACAUGUAUUCAUAUAUUUAUUUAACCUUUAUUUAUCCAGGGCAAGCACUUAAGAAAACCUUCUCAUUGGGUAUGAUGAUAAUCUCUCAUCGUCUCUCAUUUACAAACAAAAAUUAACAAUAUACAAAAGGUUGCUCUAAACAGUUCACAGAUGCUCUUAACAUGAACGAAUGUUUAAGAUGGACAAACGCUUUUCAAGCGUAAAAUUUACACGGAGAAUGUCUGAAACUUGUGGACGUGCUAGUGUAAGGAAGCCUUUGGUUUCUGUAAUUGUCAUUAAUUAUUACUAUUAUUAGAUAUCAUUAAUCAAUACAGUACAGUACUUUGACAAUGAGCUUUGAGUAUGUGUUUUUUACUGCCGUCUAGUGUAAAUUUUUAAGUCUGUGUGGUAUAAAACAAAUAAAACAUCUACGCCGUAUUUGUUUUCCAA